GCAAGAUGGCCGUCUCCUUCGUGGUACUUUUGCGACGUUUAUUUUGAAAAGGUGCCGGUGGUGGUGGCGUCAGCGGACAUUGUACAUGGAGGUCAUCGUCAAUAUGGCGGCGUCACGGGAUCGAGUCGUUCGUCUGCUCGUGCAACUCGAGCACGCCGCGUGCAGGUGUCCUGCUCACUCUAACACUUUGCAUCAAGCCGUGACGUGCAGCGAGCGUAAAACGGACUACGCCUUCGAGAUGGCCAGUUCCAACGUUCGAUACGGAGAAGGAGUCAGCGGGGAAAUCGGCAUGGACCUGCAGAACUUGGGCGCCCGCCACGUGUGCGUGAUGACCGACAAGAACUUGUGCCGCCUGCCGCCCGUCAAGGCGGUCGUGGAGUCUCUGGCCAAUUGCGGCGUGCCGUUCAAGAUGUACGACAGCGUGCGCGUGGAGCCCACCGACGGCAGCUUCAAAGACGCCAUCGCGUUCGCCAAGAGAGGCGCGUUUGACGCCUUUGUGGCGGUGGGCGGGGGCUCCGUGAUCGACACGUGCAAAGCGGCCAAUCUGUACUCGUGUCACCCCGACGCCCGCUUCCUCGACUUCGUCAACGCUCCCAUCGGAAGAGGGAAACCCGUCACCGGCGCCCUGAAGCCGCUCAUCGCGGUCCCGACGACCGCCGGCACCGGCAGCGAGACGACGGGCGUGGCCAUCUUUGACUACGAGCCUCUGAGGGCCAAAACGGGCAUCGCCAGCCGAGCCCUGCGCCCGACCCUGGGCGUGGUGGACCCCCGGCACACGCUGAGCAUGCCCGCCAGGGUCGCCGCCAACAGCGGCUUCGACGUCCUCUGCCACGCCCUGGAGUCGUACACCGCCCUGCCGUACCACCGGCGCGCUCCCUGCCCCCCCGACCCCGUCAGGAGGCCCGCCUACCAGGGCAGCAACCCCAUCAGCGACGUGUGGGCGCGCCACGCCCUCCGGGUGGUGGCCAAAUACCUGAAACGGGCGGUCGGUGACCCAGAGGAUGUGGAAGCUCGCUCCGCCAUGCACCUGGCCAGCGUCUUCGCCGGCAUCGGCUUCGGGAAUGCCGGCGUCCAUCUUUGCCACGGCAUGUCCUAUCCCAUCGCGGGUAACGUCAAGACGCACAAGGCCGACGGGUACAACGUGGAGCAUCCCCUGGUGGUGAGUUGGCCGUACCGACGCCGUACAUACAGGAAGAUGCGCUGCGACGUCACACGCCACGUACGCCGUCAGCCUCACGGACUGUCGGUGGUUCUGACGGCGCCGGCGGUGUUCGGCUUCACGGCGCCCGCGUGUCCGGAGCGCCACCUGGACGCCGCCCAAAUCCUCGGCGCCGACGUCAGCCGCGUGAAGCCAUCGGACGCGGGUGCCGCGCUGGCCGACACGUUGCGGCGCUUCCUCUUCGAGAUGCGGGUGGAGGACGGGCUCGCCGCCGUCGGAUACCGAAAGGAAGACGUGCCCGCGCUCGUCCGAGGGACCGUCCCGCAGGAGCGAGUGACAAAACUUUCUCCUCGCGAGCACAGCGAGGAAGACUUGACGCGUCUCUUCGAGGCCUCCAUGAAACUCUACUGAUGCGUAGCAGCUUUGCUGGCCACCGGAGGCAGCGCCGCGGAAUCACCAAGUGCAUUGAACGCACCGCACACGCAUGACAAGAAAUGAACCACGAUGAAUUUUUUCCUUUUACGAAGAAACAUUUGGUACAAAACAUGUUUUUACUUUUUCAUCAAGUGAAAUGAGUCACAAAAGAGGAGUGACAAAUAAGGGGGAAUAACUAUCAAUAACAAACAACAACGUUAAUAUGUCGGUUUGUUCUAGUUGAUGUUGAUGAAUUAAUAAGUAUCUUGUUCAAAAUAUUUUCAUCAGUAAGUGAUGAAAAGUGAUUUUGGUGUGCUCAUUAAAAUGUUCGUUAAAAGAAUACAAACAGAAUAACACGUAAAUAUGUCAAUCAAUAGUUUGUUCUGGUUUAGGUUCAAUAAUCAAUAUCUCAAAUUGUUUUCAUUUGUGUGAGUGUGUGUAAAGGAUAGUCCUAUUUUUGUGCAUAAGUUAAAAGAUGUGCAGCUUCAUUUGAAAGGAAUUUCAAGUUAAAAGCGUUGAAAUCGAAUCGAUCAUGUCCAUUGUCCUUUUCACAUUAAAAGGAGAUUAAAAUACAUUCAAGACGA